UCCUGAAGGCACAAAUGGCGGAGAAGCUCCUGCAGGAAGAAGCGGAUCCAAUGAAAUCCUGGAUAAACCCAAGAAUAUUCUCUAAGGUGAACCCAGACGCAGUGACGGCCCCGGAGUUCCCCCUAGGCCGCGUGUACCGUCCCCCGCCAGAGCCCGAGCUGUACCGGUCCCCUCCUAGGAGCCGACCGCCCGUCACUCCAGCGGCCAGUAGUGCGCCGACCGUGGAGGACCUGCCACCGCGACGGCCGCGCGCCACCAUGGAGCGGUACUCGCGCCACCAGCUGAUCACCGGCGCGGUGCCCGUGGUCGGGGAGGUGUUUAUAGACGGGCCCCUGAGUGGUCUCCCGCCCGUGGACCGCAGGAGGAGUUCUAGUCAGCCGCCCCCGUCGCACACACAGCUAGGCACCCCUGCGCAGGCGUCGGCUGCUGCCGCUUUUUUUGCCAGAGCUGCCCAGAAGUUGAACCUGUCGGCGUCACCUCAUCGUCGCAAGAGGACGGAGGACGAGGUUGUGCCUUCCUCAGGGUUCUGCGGAGUUCUGCACCGGUCCCCUCCCCCGCCACCCCCAGCGCUGCUCAGGAGGAUAGGGGUCAAGGAGGUCACUGGGGUCGGGAAGGUGAAGGUGAUGCUGCGCGUGGCUGGUGACGCCCAGAGCUCCGUCGAAGACUCCACCUCGUUCUUCAGCGUGGACAAGCGCCGCAAGCAGAUCACACUGUUUGACCCGGCGCUGUGUGGCGGCCCUUCUGCGCCGGAGGACCGCAGGGUCGGCGUUGCGGCGCCCAAAAUGUUCGCAUUCGACUCCAUCUUCACUCAUGAAGAUUCGCAGGCGGAAGUGUGCUCAUCCGCACUGACUGACAUCAUUCAUGCAGUUAUAAAUGGUUCUGACGGCUGCCUCUUCUGUUUUGGACACGCUAAACUUGGUAAGACCCAGACGAUGCUCGGCACCCCAGACUCCGCCACUAGUCUAGGAAUCAUCCCCAGCUCCAUCUCGUGGUUGUUCCGUGGCAUUGCUGAACAGAAACAGAAGACAGGUGCCAGGUUCUCUGUUAGAGUAUCAGCUGUGGAGAUUUCCCAACAGCUGAAAGACCUGCUGGUGGGACAUGCCAAUGAGUGUGAGCAGUCGCCCGGUGUGUAUCUCCGAGACGACCCUCUGCAGCUGCAGAACUACAGCGAGCUGAGGGCGCCCACUGCAGAGAAGGCCGCCUUCUACCUGGACAGCGCCCUGGCCGCCCGGGCGCCCCAGACACACUUCCUGUACACCCUACACAUCUACCAGUACAGCGUCGCCACCAAGGGCGCUGUUGCUGGUGGCCGCAGUCGGCUACACCUGAUUGACCUGGGCAGCUGUGAACGAAGCAAACUUACUGGUGGGCUCAGUCUUGGAGGGAUUGGCAAUGUUCUUCUCGGCAUUUUCAACGGCCAGAAACAUCUGCCCCACAGAGAACACAAACUGACUCAAGUGUUGAAGGAGUGUCUAUCAUCCCUUACAUGUCACGUAGGGAUGAUAGCUCACGUGUCACCAUCCGCCCAGAACUAUUCUGACACCCUGGGAACUGUCCAACUGGCCUCCAGGGUGCACAGGAUACGAAGGAGAAGAAUCAAGUUCACCGGAGGAAAUUCCGGCAUGGUUGCUGGCGAGGAUGUGAACCGAGGUACUACAAGUAGCGAAGUGGAUCCUUCAAGCAGCGAACAGUCAGCGGAUACUGUGAUAUAUGUUGGUCCUUCAGAUGAAACCGACGGAGAACAUCCACCUGUGUACCUGCCAAGCCUCAACUCCGAAGACAACCGCUGUGCUAUGGGGAAGGCUCUGAGAGGUAGCGGCGUGGAGCCUAAAGGCCACGAGAGAGGAAUCAGACCCAACAUAUCAAGAUCAGUUCCAGCAUCCCCUCAGCGAAUGUGUCAAGAACUGUCACAAGUGAACGGCUCUCACGAAGAUAGAUCUUCUCCUCAUAGGGUGGGAAAACUGGGGAAAUCAGGACUUGCGAGUUCGAAGUCAUCACCUUCACGGUCUGUUAGUAAAGCCAAGGAAGUAAAGACUCCGAAAUUGAAUGGAACACAUACUCCAGAAGAAAGAUGGGUCGAUGGUCCCAGAAUAGCUAAAUCUAAGGUGGUUGAAGCAAGGAACCUCCACAUGAUGCAAAAAGAUGGACCGCAUAAGCUCGCAAAGAAAGAAAUGUGGGUGGAUGGUCCGUUGAAUGCAGAAAACGGUUUGAGCUACGGCUUCAUGGACUAUCACAAGAAAAGUAUGAUCAGAAAGUGGGUUGAGAACCAGGCUGUGCAGUUGCAGAAACAUAAGUCCAUGGCGAGGGAUAAGACACCGCCUAGAAGGUAUCUGGCCAACUUCAAGACCUGUUCGGAUGAAGGUAGGGACUCUAGUGACGGCACUUGUGGAGUCAGAGGUCAGGCUAGUGGACAAGAAGAUGAGGAGGAUCAAGAAGAAGUUGUUCCUGCUUUACAUCAAACCUCCAUUGCUGCAAGGAAUGGAGAAAUCGGCAGAGUUGUUCCAAUCGAGAGGCUGCAAGGAACGAAUUAUGAGGAGGAGGAAGAGGAUGAACAAAUUGAAGUUGAAAUCAUAGAAAUGGAGGAGCCAGGUCAACUAGUUGCAAUGCAAGAUUCAUGCCUUCAGGUAACAGAGGAGGAUAUUGCACUGUGUAUGGGAGAGGCUGAGAAUCCUCUGCCUGAGGUCGACCAAGAGGAACAUCCUCUGAGGAUACUGAGUCAGGAGAAUCUAACAGUUGUGUCGACUUUCACAGAUUCUCUUUCGAUUGCAAAUGACCUUGAAAGGUUGUUUCCCAGAGGUCCUGGGUUUUUCCAUCACACAACAUGGCUGAAAAAUCAGUCUAUGGAAAUUCACAACGGUAAAGCCAUGGACCAGGACCCUUGCCGCACACCUGUUCUGUCACGCAAGCAGCAGGACCUGUGUAUGCCCCAGCAUGUUGAGACACGUUUGUUCUCUCGUUGUCAGUCACUAUCUCUCUCGGACAUGUUGGCGCAGGAUCACCACCAUCUCCAUAACGGAGGAGACUUUGACACCAGCAGCAUCGUCAGCGAGCCUGCCUACUGUCCGGGGGACGAUAAAAAGUCGGGAAAGGUGUGCUUCAACUGCAAGGGUAGUUUGACAAACGGCAUGCUGUACGACACCUCUCACUUUAGCCACCUGACUCGCAGUAUCUCAUCCCUAAGACAUCCUGAUGGAGCUUCAAACCCCAACUUGCAAGAGGAGAGGUGCGAGAGAGCCCCUGGGAACGGUGCCGAGUGUGGAGGGAGGAGCUUAGGGGAGGAGGAUGACGAACUUAGAGUUCCUCCACCCUUGAAAAGCUCCCUACUGACUCUCUCUAGAGAAGGGUUUGUCUGCAGUAAAAUGAAGAACGGUGACAGCAGUGGGUAUGUAAGUGGCACACAACCAGAUAGUCAAUCCCAGUCCAGCAUACACGACCCCGGAGGAGCAAGUCUCCAGUAUUGCCACCCCGAUGUGGAGAGGCUAGAGAGAGGCUGGAGCGAGGCUAACAGACUCAGAGAACUCAGGCGAGAGCAGAGGAUACUCAAGGCUGAGCUAGCCUCGGCCAAGGCUCGGCUACUGGUGCCUCAAGACAGAUGGAGCUACGAACGUGAUCCACGUGGAGGACAGCUGGCAGAACUGGGACGACCCACACAGUUUUCUGGAAGCUCUACAUCAAGAAACUGUCAUCCUGCGCAAGAGAGUUGAUGCCUGCAAGUCUCACGUUCUGGUAGUCACAUGUUUCGACCACAAGCCUCCAGCCCAGUCAUGACCAAGCUUUCUAUCAACCCUGUGGUCUUGUUUUGACGUUAAAAUUUGAAUUUUCCACAACUAGUUUUCUAGUUUUCUACUAAGCAUUCGAACUCUCCUGAAAUCCUAGUACAGUAGUACAGUUGGCACUGGAUAAUUCAACACUAUU